UCGAAAGUGUUUGUUGCAUUUGUACUUUGGCACCAGGCGGUGACACUUGGGGAGAAAUAUUAAGUCAGGCAGGAGGGAGGACGUGAAGACCACGAGAACAAACUUGGAAAUGUGGAGAGUUUCUUCUCGGUGAAGUUAUUCUGUAACUCGGCGACAAGAAGGCAAUAAAAAGGUGAGAUUGCUAUUGAGCUUUGAGAAGGUUAUUAGCAACUAUUUAACUUUACAUGUGACUUGGAGCGGAGGAAACACAUUUUAGCUUUUAAGGUGUUUGGAACCAGAAAAAGACAAUGGGCUCCAUGGAGUCUAGACCCAGACCGUGUAAAGUGGCCCCAUGUGACAGUUUGCAAGAACAGGGACAGAAGCCCGAACCAGAAUGGACCAUUCCUGCUCUGCCACUGAGUGUGGAGCAAACACCAGGAUCUCUGGGACAAAGGAAGACAACUCUGCCUCCACUGAAACAGGAAAUAACUCUUUCCUCACUUUCAGGAAGUUCCCCCCUAAAACAAAGCAAUAAUUCAAGCAUCAUUCAUUCUCAUCCCCCCAGAAGACCCCAGGCACUGCAACCAAUUAGCCACACAACUGCUGCCAAUCUAAUGCCCAUGGGCAGGGCCCGCAGAGAUGGGGGUGUCCACCGGUCUUUUACAGCCGGCCAGACAGGCACCGGGAGAAUGGUUCAGGGAGGGUUUCUGGAGGCCCAGAUAGCGGCCACUCAACAGACUCAUCAACAUCGGCAAGCGCAACUUAGGCGGGCCACAGAGCGGAGAAGACAAAAGGUCGUCUACACAGCUAAUGAAGGGAUCCAGCAGCUGAAGCUGGUGAGGAGGACGACAGAGAGGGACAUCUUCUGGGAUGAGACCACGGGAAGUCGUCUGGAGCCCAGCUGCCUGUUGGAGUCAAAAUAUCUCCCCAACUUCAGUGAAGAGGGACCUUUUAACCAACAACGUCUGCUCAGAAAGCUCGACCUGAUCAAUAAAGAUCAAGCACACAGCCAGGAGGAAGGAGCUGUUGAACAAGCUAGACAUAAAGGACUUUUUUUAGACAUCGUGAACAAGUGAAAGGAAAGACCAAAGAGAGGUGCACAGAGGUGCACUUGGAUGUGAGCUAAGUCUGUCUGAAGCCGCCAGCCUAGGCGGAUAAGAUGUACAAGAGGAAUCUUAGAAGCUUUUGUAUUUAGUGAUCUGGAUCAGAACAGAGAUAAAACAGAAGCCUAGGUAAUGCAAAUUAAUUACUCAAAUAACUAAAGCACCAUCUAAACUCACGUUUUUAUAUACGAGUUUUCACUGUCUCACCAGGCUAAAAUAAACUUUGCAAUGUAACCAAAAAAAAAAAAUCCUAAUGUUUCAGAACCUGCUGUAAUCCCUUGCAGGGCUUCCUUGAGUUUAUGGUGCCCUCUACGGGUGAAAGCGAUGCACUAAAGUCAGAAAAAAACAGCAUUUGAGGCAGUGAAUUGAAAACUCAUUAAGCAUUCCUUCUAUAUUGACGACCAACUUCCAAAAAUAAACUUUAUAUUUGGUUCAAAGAGCCACGACCGAAACUGCUUUGAAGUUGCUUUUCCAUUAUUCGUAUGUUUGGAAUGGAAUCCCGCACAAAAGAAUCCUCCAGUCUCCAAAGAUAUGUUGUUAUUUGAAAGCAAAUGAAAGCCUCUUGAAGAACAAUUAGACCGAAAACAGGAAACUGCUAAUUGCACUGUCAUUCUUGAAGUGGUCUCCCCGAGGCCGGCUCAGACUUAGAGAGGCGGAGGAGAACUGGACUCCUACCAAACACCUGGGGCCACAGCGGCUGACAAAAGCCUGGCCCUCGUGCACGCCGCGUCAGAUCACAGCGGGGGGAAAUUAAAUCAAUAAAGAUAGUCUGGCAGCGGUUGAGUGGAACCAUUUCUAUGAUAUACGCGUGAAGUGAAAUUUAUUAGAGAUAUAAAAGAGAAUAUAACAUGGACUUUAUUGUACUCUGCCACUGGGUGUCAUUAUUGGGCAGAGGGACACCAGGAAAUAUACUCUCACAGUUAAGCAGAUAACAGUUGCGGUGUUUGUGAUAGUGUUACAAAAAGUUUGGUGUGGAACAUUUUAGUAGGAAAGAUCAUUUUGAUCACUUACAGCUAUGUAACAUCACCAACCACGUUUUACUUUUACAUUAGGGCCCAUGUGAUUUUUAUCCUGACGAUUACUGCACAAAACAUCCUAAUCUCCCCUCUUGUAAAAAAAAAAAAAAAAAAAAAAAAAAAAAGAUUCAAUAAAAUAAUGAAUUCAAGGCUAUUAAAUGCCCAAAUAUACGGACUGAAGGCACUGGAGCAGAACAACACAUUAAAAUGAGUCCAUCUACUUAGCAAGCUGUUCAAUCAACAAAGCAAAGUCUCCCAGUGAGAGGUCACUGACUGCAGACUUGAGGAGCCAGACUGACCACAUAUUGGGAUACUGAGGAGAUUUAGAGUGGCCCAAGUCUUCAGGAAAAAAAAAAAAAAAAAAAAAAAAAAAAAAAAAUUCUCCUUUUCCAGUCCACUAGCCACACACACUGGGCCUUAAAGCCAAAUCAUCAUGGAGGGGGGAGAGCCGAGAGGUCUCGGUGUCUGCCACUCCGCACUGCUACAUAAAAAGAAGGUGAAGGAUGCCGUGUGAGCAAUUGGUUCCAAUUGACAGAGGAUUGGUCAUGGUCAGCCUUCUGAGUGGAAAUCCACGUGAGAAUGUAGCAUUUGGACCAGCAAGGGGCACAAGAGGCCAACGGCAGACAAUGAGGCCACUCAGAGGAGUCUGGCUGCCGUGGAAUAGUGGGGCACAAUCUCCUCUGAUUUAACCCUUCACCGGCUGGUUAUUCAUUCAAGUUAAUACAACGAGGUGGAGCAUGUGCAGUGGAAAUGUAACAGAGUAACAUGCAGAGUUCAGGUAACGGUUAACUGUGGAGAACAUCUGAAAAACCAAAUGCAGAUGUUCACACGUUUUCUUCAAUCAAGUCUCACCACGGUCCACAUUGAUCAUUGUGUCGUGUCAAUGAAGUUCAAAAUACUUUACUAAUUAAGUUAAAGCACCUCUGCAACCUCAAGAAGAGACUCAACCACUACCAAUCUUGUGACUUUUUCACCAAUUAGGCAGGUCCCGCUCGCUGAAAGGGGCCGGCUGCUUUAAAGUCUGAGAGGGCCAGAGGGUCAGUGCUCAAUCACAGCCUAGUUGGAGAGGUUGUGUGUUUGAACCAGCCACUAGUUGACAGGGCAAGGAUGGGGUCAAAAGAGGUGGGGGCGGAAGACUGGUGUGGGUAAGGACUCCUGCCAGCUCUAAAGAGAGGCCUUUUGUAGGCAAGACACUGGCCAGAGCAGCCAGGCCUUUCACAGGCCAGCCGCCCCUCUCCUCCAGGCCGACAACAGCUGAUGACAAGGCCCCAGCUGCUAAUUAUCCGGCUGAUGGAGAGUCACUGAAGUGGGACUGUCAGAGCGAGGGGUGGCCCUUGUGUGUACAAUGGGAUAAAUACGAGGGAGGGUUGGAGGAUAAAAGAAGCUGAAUAACAAGGGGGUAGUUUUUUUUUUUUUUUUUUUAAGCAAA